AUGUUCAAUUCAUCGAUUACCAAUUUAAAAUAUUCGCUUAUUGGUGUUAAAGAUAACUUAUUAGAGAAUAUUACAUCUGAAUCGACAUUGAUUAAUACAAAUAAUCCAGAAAAUUUGGAAUCAAUUGAAGAUAGCCGUGAUGAACCUAUUGAUCAAAAUCAACAAAAUUAUCAAUACAACAAUGAAGAAUUAUGCGCUGUAGAAAUUCCUGGCUUAACUAAACAAAAACGUUUCUUCAUAAUCGAUCAAAACUCAAAAACUCGAUUUUUAAUCGAUUCUGGUGCUGAAUGCAGUGUACUUCCUCGAUCUCAUUUACCAAGACGAUUCAUACCUCAACAUCGUAAAAUGUCUAACAAUUGGAGAAUGGUCUAUGAAUUUCUAUUACUCAGUGAAGAAUUAUUGGAGUUUUAUAGAAUGAAUAAUUUUUUAACGGAAUAUUCGGAAUUUAUUGACGAACGCUAUGAAAUGAAUCCAUUUUACGUACUGUUUCAAAGAAAUUUGUUACAAUUAAAUCCUAUACUUAAUGUUAAUCGAAACGGUUGUCUAUUUGUAAAAGAUUACAUUUCGGACAUGGAAUUUUUAGUCAACUAG